AUGGCAAGAACCAAGCAGACCGCUCGUAAAUCCACCGGUGGUAAAGCGCCGAGGAAGCAGCUCGCCACUAAGGCUGCCCGCAAGAGCGCCCCGGCUACCGGCGGUGUGAAGAAACCUCACCGUUACAGGCCAGGUACCGUGGCUCUGCGUGAAAUCCGCCGUUAUCAGAAGUCCACUGAGCUGCUCAUCCGCAAGCUGCCCUUCCAGCGCCUGGUUAGAGAGAUCGCUCAGGACUUUAAGACCGAUCUGCGCUUCCAGAGUUCUGCCGUCAUGGCUCUGCAGGAGGCCAGUGAGGCUUACCUGGUCGGCCUGUUCGAGGACACCAACCUGUGCGCCAUCCAUGCCAAGAGGGUGACCAUCAUGCCUAAGGACAUCCAGCUGGCCCGCCGUAUUCGCGGAGAGCGUGCUUAAACAAACCCACUCCAUCCAGUUAUCCCCAAAGGCUUUUUUAAGAGCCACUUACAUGCUUCCACUGAAAUUUGCAC